AUGACCUGGUGUCACAAGGGACGACUUGAACAGAUCACCAAGCGCAGUUUCAUCGAGCGAUGGGAAUUGGCCGUUGCGAUUUCAGCGACGAGGCCGGCGCGCGCGGAUGACGACGGGAAGGAGGGAGGCCCAGUAUUGACGGUCGGAGCGGGAGACAAGGGUCGUAUUAUCCGGGAGUUGGGGAGGUGGGUAGAUUAG